AUGGCUGAAGUCAUUGAUCCGGAUGUAAAUAUUAGCCGACGUAGAAAAAGGAAUCCCAAGCAUGAGGAUAACUAUGAGGAUCAUGGCUCGACAUAUGAAGACGAAUUUGAUGAAGAUUUCAUGCCAGCAAAGCGAGGCCGACUACUAAACCCCAAGCCACUUCGAAAUCUCAACUCGUACGACUCGAUUCAAAAUGAAGUUAAUAAAGAGAAACAACGUAAGACGCCCGCAAGAAAGCCAAAGCCGUUGAAAUCCACAUCAAAGCGAGAUGAAGCUGAAGAGACGGAAGAUCCUGAAAUGAGGAUGUCAGCAAGGAUGGUGGAUAGGAUAGCUGCCUUGAACGAUGGGAAAAGGACUAAGGUCGUGAUGGCUAAUUGUUUCGAAGACAGAACGGCUCUCGACUGCAUAGACAUUUGCCUGAGGGAAUCGGAAAAUAUGCAAGAAGAUGCCGUUGCACUGGCCAUUGCCACAGCUGUAUACAGUCUCCGCGUAGAUCGAACACACAACGAUGCCCAGGAGACGCGCUACACUUUCAUCCGUGGUAAAAGCGAUGCUGAGAAAGCAAUGUUGCUUGCUACCGGUGAAAAUAUUGAAAACGCGAAAGAAAAAAGGAGACGAAAAAAAGGUGAAAGAGAAGAAGAGGCAAGAAAGAUGGCCGAGGCGGAAAUGGACGAGUUCCAGAAUAAUGAUACUGAACAAGAGGACUGGCUGAAAUUAUCAGAUUCCGAUACGUUUGACUACACAUUUGGCCUGAAAUUCCCAAUAGGUGGUAGUUUUUUGCAACAUUGGAGUUUCACACAGGAGCUACUUGAGAGAGUUGAAUGCAGACGCCUUGAUGCUAGAAAAAAUCGUCGAAAGAGGAAAUUGAUGUCCUGGAAGAAAAUUCCGCCGUUGAAGUUUUGUUCGACAUACACGGACUUCAUGCAAGUCACUGCGAAUCUUGAGUCGGAUCGAAUCGAUGCCUUAGCUACUUUUCAAGCACGUAGGGACAUCACGGGAAAAGUUAUCAUGCUGCAUGACGCGAUGAUCAGGAAGCCCGUUUCACAGAGCAAGUACACAGAUGACGUGCAACUGUCAACUCUCAAACACUGUAGAGAUAUGUUAUCAAACGCACUGCAAAAGGAACCAGUAACGUGGGAUCACUUCUUGCUUGAUGACAAUCCGUUACUAUACAAGUCUGGCCAAUACCUGAGGACCGGCGACAUGACCGGUUACGUUCUGCAGGAGCGCCCCUUUUAUCAUCAUUUCGAUCCUGAAGAGGAGUCCGCCGAUGAUCCUAGAGAUAGGUACAAUUGUGUGGAGAAGAAUGCAGAUAAGACUCUUUAUACCUUCAAAAAACCACCUAGAGGAACUGCAUUGGGGAGACUGGCACCACUCAUUCGCGUUCCUGUCAAUAAAUAUGCAAAUCCCAGGAACAGGAAGAUUGAAGACAUGUAUUUCAAAGAAAGUGUAGAAGUUAAGUCAAGUGUCGAUGAAAGGGAUAAACUCGAUCUUGUAAAGCUUACUGCCGAUGCGAGGAAACAACUAGAGAAUCGAAAAGUUACUGCAGCUGAUGUUUUUCUUGUCAAUUUCCAUUUCUCGCCGUCACCAAGUGUGCAAGAAGCUGGGACAGAUCUCGAAGAAAUAGAAGGAUCCAGGCCCGCUGGUAGAGGUUCACUUCUGAGUCGGCUGAAAGAUGAGCACGAGAAACAAACGGCCAUCUUCGAAAAUUUACGGAACGAACUUACUCAGGCAGCGCGAACGCGAUGCAACAGCGUGGUUAAAGAGUGUUGCGAAGCCAGAGCAAAUCUUUCUAACGAUGCUGACAAAGAGGAGGUUGAUGAAGAAGAUUUCAAAGAAUGGAGGACUUCGCGUUUCCUCGACAUUAUCGAACCGAAGAGAGAACUGACUUUUUUUGACACUCUUAAAAAUGUCUUCUCCAAAACCUUCGAUCUACCCACUAUGAAAGACGAUGAAUCCGAAUCCCGAAAACAGGAUGUGGCCUCGAUUUUGGGCACUGGCAGCGAUGUUGUAGAAUGGAAUGUACCUGAAGAUGUUAUUUUCAACGACAUCAUCGAUUUUGUGAAGUGUGGAAUACACAACGAUGUGCGAUAUAUGGAUGCCACCUAUCAUAUGAAAGUUUUCAAAUUCAGGGUCUCUGUUGAACAAGCACAUGAAAGUUUAAGGCGAGCGGAACGUGUUGGCGUUGGAAUGGCUCCUGAAGAAUUGGCUGUCUUAAAGCAAAAAUGUUUUCGCCCAGGCAGAUACAACGGAAUCGCUGAUAGCGGCGAAGUAUCGUUGAGCGACAAGUAUUUACAGAGGUUCUAUCGCGUCGAUCCAUGGUGCAUGACCAGUUCAACGCUGCUAUUUUCUGAGCAAUAUUUUCGCUGCUGUAACUAUCCACGGAUGGAAGGUCGCUUGCUCCAACUUCGUAAUGACAUCCAUGAGGCGGCGAAAAAGAUCUCAGCUAGUUCUUGGUACCAUGUAACUGUCAGAUAUCAGGAAAUCGAGAAGGAUCGCCGGAAUUGGCUAGAGCGCCUUAAUGAGGCAGUUGCUCUUUAUGUUUCUUACAUGGACAAACCGCAAGAGAAGUCACUUCGAGAUAAUCGAAGUUUGCCAAAAAUAUCUAGGCGCUCUUUGCCGCCGAAGUCCCACACGCAAAAUAGUCAGAAGGCGUUGAACACGCCAACUCCACGUCACUCACAUCCUGAUACUGCUGAAGUAUGCAUCGACAGGGAAAAUUCGCAACAUUCGCUCAAUGAAGAAAUUCUCGAUGGUGGUGACUUCACAUUCCCUGAAGAUGAUCUUUGUGCUAAUGUUGAAGAGGAAGUUCGCGCUAUCGUUGAUCGACCUGCUGAAGGAAGCGUGGAGGCAUCUGCUCAACAGAACGAUGUCAUCCCUGACACUUCUAAUCGAAAAGGCAAAACCAAGUUGGAUAUCACUGUUGAAGAACCACCAAAGAAAAAAGAGAAGAAAAUCAAAACAGAGCCAGAGGUGAAGGUGGAAGUGAUAGAGCAAGAGUACUUCGUAAAGUCAGAAGUGCAUGAGCCGUUCUCACUAGAAAAUCGCUUUUCUAUUGUGGAUCGUCGUUGCACUACGCGUGGAGAGGAUGUAACGUUUUUGAGAAGGAAGCCUCCUCCCCGACGUUCACUAAAGGAGUACAAAUUUGAAGAUUUUGUGAAGCCCGGGUUGAUCCAGAGGGGUCACUAUCCUGGUAUAAAGUUAGAAAUCAAGCGGUCACCGAGCAGCUCAGAGCUGCCAUUCAACGGCACACUCAAAAGGUCGUCGACAAGUGAUGAAUCUUCCCAGAAAAAGGCGAAUCUCCCUGAGGCUGGUGAUGAUGUUUGCGACGAAUGGCUGACCACCUACGGAGGAUUUCGUGUUUUGCCGGAAGAAGGUCCGACUGUCUUGGAGAACGGUACUACCUCUGAGGCGCCAUUACCAUCUUUAAAAGGAGAGGGUUCGAGGUCGAGGACCAUUUCCGAGAACGAGGGUGCACCUCCAGAUUUCUUAGAUGACAGUUUCAAUGAUGAUGUAUACUAUCCUGACAGUGACGAUUCAUCUAGAAAAGAUCGUUUCGAGGAUAUUCGACCCGAUGAGUUCAAAGCGUUAGGUAUCGAUGUCAAGAAUAUCGUACCAAAAAAGGAUUUUUAUGCAAUGACGAAGGAAGAGCGGGCAGCUGCCGUAGCUGCUGAAUUCGAAGCGAUUGAUGCAUUAGGACCAAAAAAAGAAGAUGGCUAUGUGAUAAGUAUAAUGGAUUUCUCAUGCCGUGUGGUUCCUUAUCACUUGAAUACUGCCAAAAUGAAGCGUGUGAUGAAGUCAAUUUUGUCCAAUCCUCUUCUUGCAUACGAUAAGGUGCUGUACACUAGGAGAGCCUUGUUAGCUCGACGUAGAGCUGCGGAGCGUCACAAGAGUCAAAAAGCUGGUCCUGAGGUGUACUUCAAAAAGCUUGAUCGAACUCUCGAUUCCAGCUUAGGACCUGUGGCAGAGAAAAUUCUGGAAGAGCACAACCCCAUCGAUAUCACUGCUAUAGAUUCGGUAAUAUCCUGCCUCCUAAAGUUCAACUUAUUUUGCGGUGAUGGUAUACGUGACCGAGCUGCAUGGUCACUUAUACCAUCACAUCAAAGUACAUUAUCAUGCUACACUUAUUCCUCUAAUUAUCCAAUUGAUGUGCUCGAGGCCGUCACUUAUCGAAAUUUGGAUGACAAUGGUGAUGGCGAUGGUACGACCAAGAACCAGUACGAUUCCACGAGCGCUGGUGUAGAAGAAAGUAUGAAGCAGUUUGCUGCAGAAGUUCGUCAGGCAGAUUUCAAAGUCCAAGGGCUUCACACUUUUUCUUCUGUCAUGCAGUGCUUACCGCGAAGAAUGGGAAAUUCAGGAAAGUAUGUGAAUGUUGCUAAUGCCCUCGCUGUGACCCUUUAUAUGUGCAACGAAAAUACCCUUACUUUGGUUCAAGAAAGAGACGACGAGGUGGAUAAAAAUGAAUCUGUGAAUGAAGGCGAGCCAUGGAUGGGCAAUUUCAUAAUAACCAAUGCUCCAGACGUGGCAUCAUUAUUGGGGCAAAAUGGUGAAGCCUCUAAAGGGGUCUCUGAAAAUACCUCUAAUCAUAUCGAAAGCAUUGAUGAUGAUGCUGAUAAUAAUCGUAUUUUCUCCUAG